AUGCCUGAUGAAGAAUUUAUUCUUCCAAAUUCUGCACCCACCUCCUCACACACUCAGAUAAAGAAGAUAGAUGAAGAAAUUACACUUCCAAAUUCACCACCCCCCUCCUCACACACUCAGAUAAAGAAGAUGGAUGACAAAAUUUCCCAGGAUGAAGAAAUUUCUCUUAAAACCCCACCACCCAUCACGGCCCCUAUUCUCCUAAAGAGGAUGGAUGAAGAUAUUACUCGCAAAACCCCACUAUCGUCCACCACACCCACUACACCCCCCAACAUGAUAAAGGGUAUGAAUGAAGAAAUUUUUCUUAAAACCCCACCACCCAUCACGGCCCCUAUUCUCCUAAAGAGGAUGGAUGAAGAUAUUACUCGCAAAACCCCACUUUCGUCCACCACACCCACUACACCCCCCAAUAUGAUAAAGGGUAUGAAUGAAGAAAUUUCUCUUAAAACCCCACCACCCAUCACGGCCCCUAUUCUCCGAAAGAGGAUGGAUGAAGAUAUUACUCGCAAAAUCCCACUAUCGUCCACCACGCCCACUACACCCCCCAUAUUAUAA